UGAACAUCUGGCUCCGAGUGAUGUACGAGCGGGAGAAAUAGGGGAGAGAAGAUACAGUGAAGAAACUUUUACCAAGAAGGAAAUCUCCUGAAGGAUUCUGCUGUCACUGUCUGGUCCAUCAAAGACUGACUACAGCUGAAGCAUGGACAGUGAAGUGGAAGCGACGAACACCAGCCUUGACAUUCCACUGAGCCCGAGGCAGCUGACCGGGUUGGGAAUGAACUGUCUUCUUGGCCAAAAGUACAGACACUCUGGGCCAGGACUCGCCUGUCCUCAGGAGUACAACCAGUGGCUGCCCUACCGCCAUGACGCCAGCCUCCUGCCCAUGAAAGAAGACCUGGCCCUCUGGCUCAACACCCUCAUUGGUGUGGAUCUCACAGCAGACAGUCUGAUGGAGAGGUUGGAUAAUGGCGUUCUGCUUUGUCAGCUCGCACAACUGCUGCAGGACAAAAUGGUCCACAACAACAAUGGCAAGCCCUUCAUGAGAAGAGUGAUCCACUGGCGAGCUGAUGCGACCUCCAGAUCAUUCUUUGCCCGAGACAACACCGCCAACUUCCUCUACUGGUGUCGAAAGACUGGCGUUGAUGAGGCUUACCUCUUUGAGUCGGAGGAUUUGGUCCUCCACAAGCAACCGCGGGAGGUGUGCCUGUGCCUGAUGGAGCUGGGAAGGAUCGCAGCCAGGUAUGGAGUGGAGCCUCCAGGGCUGGUGAAGUUGGAGAGAGAGAUCGAGCGGGAGGAGGCGGGGUGCUUAUCUCCAUCAUCCUGUCUGCCCUUCUCCUUUUUUCCUCCUACAUCAUUGUAUUCACCGUCACAAUCACCCUCGCUCCCGUCCUCCUCUCCUCCUCCUCCUCCUCCUUCUCCACCUGCGCCCCUCACUCCAAACACAACCUGUCUGUCUGAAGCCCUCGCUGCCUGCCUCGCCUCUGAUCUUCCAUCAGCCACAACAAACCCAGUGCCUACAUGUUUAUCCUCUUCUCAGUCCCCCCUCUCAGCCUCUAACCCCUGCACAACCACAGUCUCGACACAAACACCUUUGUUCUCUCCAUCCUGCACCACUAACACAUCUGCUCCAGCUCCACCGUCGGCACCCACACCGGGCCAAGCACCGCUAUCUCCUGCCAAAGUCUCCUCCAAAACAAUAAACAAACACACUCCCACAGCUACACGUCCCAUCGCCUCCCCACCUGCAGCCCCGACUCCUCGUUCCUCCAGCAAAUCCACGAGCCGGAGGAGCACGGGCGUCAACAACAUCUUGGAUGAUAUUGUGAGAAACAUCAUUGAAAAUCCUCCGUGCAGCUGUCCCACCAGGUUCCUUGUUGAGAAGCAACCGAAAGGCUGCUACCGUGUCGGGGACAAAGUUCUGUACAUACGGAUGCUGAAUGAGCGUCACGUGAUGGUGCGCGUAGGCGGAGGCUGGGAGACCUUCAUCAGUUACCUGCAGAAACACGACCCCUGCAGAGGAGGAGGAGGAGGAGGACCGCAUGGCAGAUCUGAGGUCAGGGUCUGUCGGGACAAAGCGAAGUCUCCCAGUUUGCACAUCUCCCCUGACAGCUACAUGGUGGUCGGUGCCCAUUACCGUGGCAAGAAAUAGACUCUGGAACUGCUCACCUCUGCUUCAGGCUCUGGGCAGCAGCGGUGAACAUUUCAUCAGACCAUACAAGGUUCAAACUGUACAAGGUUAAGAUGUAACAUAGAUCACGUUUAAAAGGAUAGCCGGUGUUUUCUAACAGUUGUCAGCUGAUUGUUGUUAUUAUCCGACCCACUGUAGACCCAACCUUGCAGUGAAGCUACAUGACUGCAUGUGUGCAAACAUUAGCAGUGAAAAAAAGUUGCAACAUUUUUAAUAAUAGUUUAAUCUUAAUUAAUUCUUAAUUAUUUUUUUUUUCAAACAAAACAUUUGCAGGCCACAGCUUCUUUAAUGUGAGGAUUUGAAGCAUUUCUUUGCCACACAUGACAGUAAACUGAAUAUCAAUAUACAUUCAUGAAAUUAAUCCUUGCAAUAGUUAUGUGCUGUAUAUCAUAACUUUAAAUGAUGAUGAUCAUCAUCAUCUAAUAACCUUACAAGGAAGUUUGAAGUUCAACGGGCACUAUGUAGUUUUGAAAUAAGAAGUAAGAGAUAUUUAUAGGUUUAAUGAGAUAAUAAUACAGUCUCAUAAAUAUCCAUUUGAUUUAUAUCCAUUAUAAACAAGGCACCCUCAGAGUUAGAUAAUGAAGUCUGUUAAAAACCAGAAAGGUGACUACUUAGAAGGUCAUGCAAAUAUAAACCAAUUAAAACAGUCAAUUCUGUCUUAUAGUUUCAUUUAGUCAAUCAUGACUGAUGACUUCUUCAGUUUUUCGCUCAUUCUUUUCCUCUCUCGUUCCUUUUUCCUCGAGUUUCUUCCACAAAACUGCAAUGUGCACCUUUAAGUUGUACACUUGAUCCAUUUGUACUGUUAUAGUUCAGUUAGCAAACAGACAGUUAUGCGUUUAUGUGUCAUUGUACUGUGGUUUAAAUCUGUAUGUUUGUAUUUUGGAUGUCCAAGCAGCAGACUAAGAGGUAGUUUUAAUGAUCUAUGCAUAAAACCAUGGGAUUGUUUUUUUGGUUUUAUAUUUUUUUGUAUUUCUAUUAUUUUACUGGAUAAAAAUGUUCUCUUUAGAAUGAACUCCAAAACAGAGAAAA